GUAUCAUCGUGCAUGCAUUUUUAUUUGUUAGUACCAAACUCUUUUUCUUCUCUCUCUCUGUAUUCUAACUUACUCUUGCUUUGCAUGCACAUUUUUUGUUUCCUUCCCUCCGGUCACCGGAAACCGCCUCCACUCCCGAUCCAUUCACUUCACCGCCUUAAUCAAAUUAAUUUUAAGCACACUACUUCAAGGCCUGAGAGAGAUUUAUAUGCAUUAAAAAAAAAAAAUCAAACAUGUCGUCUUUCUAUUAACAGUCAUAUAAUUAAGUACCUCAAGUAGUAUUGUAUGAGAGAUUGUGAUAAGAGGAGAAGUGAUAUUGAGCAUGGAGUCGAAGAAGACGUGCAUGAAUGCAUUAUGUGGAGCGACCUCUAACGAUUGGAGAAAAGGUUGGCCUUUGCGAUCUGGCGAUUUCGCUCUUCUCUGCGAUAACUGCGGGACUGCAUAUGAGCAAUCCACGUUUUGUGAUCUUUUCCACUCAAAGGAUUCUGGUUGGAGGGAGUGUGUUUCAUGUGGCAAGCGGCUACACUGCGGAUGCAUUGCUUCCAGGUUUCUGCUUGAGCUGCUCGAUGGUGGUGGUGUGAACUGUAUAAACUGUAUUAAGAGUUCAGGGAUAAACUCUGUGAUAGGGGAUGAAAAACCUAAUGGAUUUGGCAUGUCAAAACUUGACAAUGUAAGUGAACUGCAGUCUUCUGACAACCAAUUGGAUGUAGAAAGGAAGUUUCUUCGGUUAGGCAAUUCAACUGAGGUUAUUGCCACAAGACAUUUACUCCAAUUACAGAAUGAUGAGACAAGUGUUUCUUUUAGGCAAAUGAAACAGGAGGAUAAUUUUCCUCCUGUGGGGGAAAUCGGAAGCACAAGUUUCUCAAAUUUGAAUCAAGCAUCAAAUGGGUUAUCUCUAACUGCCAAACCAGAGACUCGUAAAGCAACUAUUGCAGCAAAAGAGUUAUAUGAAUCACUCACACAAACAAACUUGAGUAUUACCCUGGGUUCCACUUUUGGGAACCCAAUUCCCUUUCCUGGAGCUGUCGUUGAUGAAAGGACUCAAAGUAAGGCAUCCUCCCCACUCCAACAAGGGUCCAGGUGUCGCCAUCUAUUGCCCAAGCCUCCAAAGUCAGCCCUUGUGACAGGUUUGGAAACCAAUGCAGGCAUGGUUUCACAGAUACGUGUUGCUAGGCCACCUGCUGAAGGACGGGGACGAAAUCAGUUGCUUCCUCGUUAUUGGCCUAGGAUAACAGACCAAGAGUUACAGCAAAUAUCUGCAGAUUCGAAUUCCACUAUUGUGCCGUUGUUCGAAAAGGUUCUCAGCGCCAGUGAUGCUGGUCGCAUUGGUCGUUUAGUUCUCCCAAAAGCAUGUGCUGAAGCAUAUUUCCCUCCUAUCUCUCAACCGGAGGGUCUUCCUCUAAGGAUUCAGGAUGUAAAGGGGAAAGAGUGGGUGUUUCAGUUCCGAUUUUGGCCUAAUAAUAACAGCAGAAUGUAUGUUUUGGAGGGCGUAACCCCUUGCAUACAGUCCAUGCAGUUGCAAGCUGGAGAUACUGUGACAUUUAGUCGUAUGGAUCCAGAAGGAAAACUUGUUAUGGGGUUCAGGAAAGCAUCAAACUCUAUGGCAGUGCAGGACAUCCAACCAUCUGCCAUUCCUAAUGGUGUUCAUUCAAGUGAAAGUUUCUUUUCGGGUGUUUUUGAGAAUCUACCUAUAAUUAGUGGUUACUCUGGCCUUCUUCAGUCACUGAAGGGAAGCACCGAUACACAUUUAAGUGCACUUUCCAAACAUUUGCAUUCAGCUAAUGGUGACAUUAGCUGGCAUAAAUCUGAGAAGCACGAGGAAAGGACCAGGGAGAGCUUGCUAUUAACAUCAUUGCUGGUUCCAGAAAGAAAAAGAGCACGAAACAUUGGGUCUAAAAGUAAGAGGCUUUUAAUUGAUAGUCUAGAUGCUCUGGAGCUCAAACUGACAUGGGAAGAGGCACAGGACUUUCUCCGCCCACCACCAACUGUAAAGCCUAGCAUUGUCACUAUUGAGGAUCAUGAUUUUGAAGAAUAUGAGGAACCUCCAGUUUUUGGGAAGAGAAGUAUUUUCAUAGUUCGUGCAGUUGGGGGGCAAGAGCAAUGGACUCCAUGUGAUAGCUGCUGUAAGUGGCGGAAGUUGCCAGUUGAUAUUCUUCUUCCACCUAAAUGGACAUGUGCGGACAAUCUUGGGGAUCAAAGCAGGUGUUCGUGUUCUGCCCCAGAUGAAUUGACGCCAAGGGAAUUGGAAAAUCUCCUGAGACUAAAUAAGGAUUUCAAGAAACGGAGAAUAACAACUAUCCUUAGGCCAGCCCAGGAACAAGAAUCUUCUGGAUUGGACGCUUUGGCUAAUGCUGCAAUCCUUGGAGAUGAGGCUGAUCCAGGCACCACAGCAGUUGCUACUACAACCAAACACCCCAGGCAUCGUCCCGGUUGCUCCUGUAUUGUGUGCAUUCAACCCCCAAGUGGUAAGGGAAAGCACAAGCCUUCAUGUACAUGUAACGUUUGCAUGACAGUUAAGCGCCGUUUCAAGACCAUGAUGUUGCGCAAAAAGAAGCGUCAAUCAGAGCGGGAAGCAGAGAUUGCCCAGAGAAAUCAGCACAUUUCAGGUCUGAGAGAUGAAGCCGAAGUAGAGAGCAGCUCUAAGCAUGCAUCUACACCCCAGGAUCCUUCAGAGAAUGAAGCUAGGUCAAUGAAUGAAUUAGAAUCCAAAAGUCAGAGCAACAAUCUCUCAAACAAAAUGGUGGACGCUGGGAAGGGGCACAUAGACUUGAAUUGUCAGCCAGACCGUGAAGAAGAGUCACAAGCAGGGGUAGCCCGUAUGAGCAUGAUGAGUCUUCUUCAAGUAGCAAGCCUUCCGCUGGAGACAUAUUUGAAGCAGAAUGGUCUUACAAGCUUGGUAUCCGAGCAACAAGGAAGUUCAGCAUCACAUGUGCCACCCCAAGCUGGAGAGAGUGAAGGACGACUUCCUGAGGAUUGCCAGAUUGCUUCAGCUGUUCAAGAGCAGGAGAGUGGAGGUGAAGAUAAUUAUGGACAUGGACCAGAGGAAAGCCAAAAUGAUCCUGUAUGAGAUUUCCUUGUCUAUUAUUAUUAUUACUAUUCUUGUUUUUGUUCUUGUAUAAUUACAAGUUUCUAGGUAGUUUUUUAGUGGGAUGGGCAACAUUUUUGGUUCUUUUAUAGUUCAAGGAUGUGUCUUUAUUCAUUAUAUGAAGUGUAUAAUACAAAAAUGAUUUUUCUUUUUGAAUAAUUCGGAGGGGGACUCAUGUGAAUAGAUGUGGAGAUUGCUAGAUACGAUGAUUAUGUAAGAAAUGUUUCAAGUAUAGAGGACAAUGAAAACAGUGUCGGCCUUUGCACUUCGAAUAGCCAGAAAGCUUCCUGUGUUCAUGCUACACCAACGUUUAACGACAAUAGUAUUAUCUGAAAUUCCAUUUUCA